AAAAAUAGCAACAAAAAAGUCCGCAGCUAUUCAAGCUUUAAACGACUUUUUCCCCUCCAUCCCAGUGAACAUCUAUUUUCUUUCUUUUCCUGCCCUUGUUUGCUUCUAGCUUGGGAUUGUAAAUUUGUGUCGUACUAUUUCUCUCCUUUCCUAUUUAAAUCGCGUGCCUCUUUCCCAACCAUCUCUUAUUUCUCCACCUUUGUUCUAUUUCGAAUAAUAGUUCGGAUCAGUGGCCAUGGACCAACAAAGUGCUCAGAUCUCAAGCAGCGCGGAUCGCAUGGUUGGUAUGGAUCAUGCUGAAGUGCGAUACUUUACGAGCUAUGAUCAUCAUGGUAUUCAUGAGGAAAUGCUGAAAGAUGAUGUUCGCACACGAUCUUAUCGCGAUGCUAUCUACCAAAAUCGCCAUAUCUUCAAGGAUAAGGUCGUCCUCGAUGUAGGAUGUGGAACUGGCAUUCUCAGCAUGUUUGCCGUCCGAGCUGGCGCGAAGCACGUAAUCGGUGUGGACAUGUCAUCCAUCAUCGAAAAGGCGCGGGAGAUAGUCGAGGUAAAUGGCAUGACGAGCAAGAUCACUUUGCUUCAGGGAAAGAUGGAGGAAGUCGUUCUUCCAUUCCCCAAAGUUGACAUCAUCAUCUCAGAGUGGAUGGGAUAUUUCCUCCUCUAUGAGAGCAUGUUGGACACUGUUCUCUAUGCUCGUGACAGGUAUCUAGUCCCCGGAGGCAAAAUCUUCCCUGACAAAGCCACUAUGUACGUGGCUGCGAUUGAGGAUGGGGAAUACAAGGAGGAGAAGAUUGGAUUCUGGGAUAAUGUCUACGGAUUCAACUACAGCCCGAUGAAAGAGAUCGCUCUUACCGAACCACUGGUCGAUACUGUUGAGCUGAAAGCUCUUGUCACCGACCCGUAUGCGAUUAUCAGCCUUGACCUCUACACUGUUACCUCCGCGGAUUUGAGUUUCAAGGUCCCUUAUUCGCUCACUGCCAAGCGUAGCGACUUCAUCCAUGCGCUGAUCUCUUGGUUCGAUAUCGAGUUCACUGCGUGCCACAAACCGAUUACCUUUUCUACCGGCCCGCACGCUAAGUAUACGCACUGGAAACAGACCGUCUUUUACUUACGCGAUGUUCUCACUGUGGAAGAGGGCGAGGUUGUGCAUGGUUAUUUGGAAAACAAGCCAAAUGACAAAAACAAACGCGACCUUGAUAUCACUAUCUCGUACAAGUUUGAAACCGAAGACCCGGUCCGAUACGCGGAGGGCAGCUGCUUUUACAGGAUGUGUUGAUCGCCCUCAUAUUCGUUGCAUCUGGUCCAUUUCAUUUGAGAGUUUUCGUUGUUCCCAUGGAUUUAUGAACGGUUGACUAUGUCGAAGGCACUUAUAUCGCUAUUCGCAGGAUUGCAUGGGCAUAGAUCGACUUGAGUGGGCUCUGCGACGGUUGACCAGUCUUUGUCUUUCUCUUGUUAUUUUGAUCUCGGCGUUCUCGGAGACAGCAUCAUUUGGCGCGAUAUGGCGAGAUGAUUUCAACAGACGUUAAUGACGAAGCUCCUCGAAUUCCCAAGUAGAUAGAUACCCCGAGUCGACGCUCAGUCUGGUCAUCUCCGGACGUUUGGCUUUCAUCUUUCACCUCUGGUCUCAGGUAUUCCCAUUGGGAGAUCCGUAGCAGCCCCUUUGGGGUUGGAUUCCAUUGCACAUAAAUCUGCCGGUACAUACUGUAGGUGGUUAUAAAAAUAUACGGCGUACAUCCGCG